UGCGCAGUGAUGUCAUCACGCUGACGGACUCCCUGUGGCCGCAGACAAACCGAGCGCAGCUUAAUUUCUGCGCAUUUUCUCAUUCUGCCCAAGAAACCUGAACCACGAUCCGGAUCGAUCCUGCAGGGGAGAAACCGGACCGAGCCGAGCCGAACAGACCCGAGAGGAGCCGAGCCGAGCCGAGCCGGACCAGACCAGACCAGGACCAGAAUCACAGGCAGACAGGCUGCUUCAUCUCCUCCUGCAGAGCCGGCCGGACUCAUCCUCCCGAGGAGGAGAUGCCGAGUGUGUCUCCGUCAGAAUAAUCUGACCCAGGAUCAGUGAUGCCGGCGCGUGUCUCAGUGUUUGUGUGACGUGGAUCCAACAUGGCCGCUGUGUGUGGAGUUUCAUUAACAGUGUGUCUGUGUGUCGUCCUGCUUCUGCCUGCUGCCACCGGUCUGCAGUCGGAGGACAGAGAGUGUGCCUUCACUGACCAGCUGCAGGGGGCGGAGCCACAUAACGGACCGGCCAAUGAACUGCGAGGAGUGGUGAGAGACAACGGGACAGUUCGCUGCGUCCGCGGCUCCAGCUGCUAUGGAUUGUGGGAAAAGAGAUCCGAUGGGGAAAUACAUCUGGUGAAGCAAGGUUGCUGGACUCACAUCAGCAAACAGCAGGAGUGUCACAACGAGCGUUGCCUGGUGACGGCGACGCCGUCUCAGAUCCAGAACGGCAGCUACCGCUUCUGCUGCUGCAGCCGGGACCUCUGCAACGCCAACUUCACCGAGGCCCCGCCCACCGCCAACACCCCCGCCCUGAGGCUGAUGAAGGCAGACGGGCGGGACGACAGGCAGACAGAUCACCAGCCGCUGCGGCGGAAGGGGGCGGCGCUCAUCGCAUUCCUAACGGUCACCGUAGCCGUGGUCGCUGUUGUGGCGCUGUUCCUGGGAUACAUGAUGAAAGGGAAGCAGAAACAUAGUCUGUCGGCUCUGGAUGUGAUGGAGGCAGCAAACACAGAUGCUGCUGUCGACCUGGAUCACCUGAAACUACUGGAGCUGAUUGGUCGGGGUCGUUACGGCACGGUGUUUCGGGGCAGUCUCAGCGAGCGCUGCGUGGCCAUCAAACUCUUCAGCUCGGCCAACCGGCAGAACUACGCCAACGAGCGCUCCAUCUACUGUCUGCCGCUGCUGCAGCAACACGACAACAUCGCCCGCUUCCUCACCGCCGACGAGAGGACGACCGCCGACGGGCGACCAGAGUUCCUGAUCGUCAUGGAGUUCUACCCGCACGGCUGUCUGUCUCGCUACCUGUCUGUCCACACAGUGGACUGGACCACGUGCUGCAGGAUGACUCACGGUGUGACCAGAGGACUCGCCUUCCUGCACACCGAGCUCUACAGAGGAGACCAGUACAAACCAGCCGUGGCCCACAGAGACGUGACCAGCAGGAACGUCCUGGUCCGAGGCGACCUGUCCUGCGUCCUUGCCGACUUCGGUCUGUCCAUGAGGCUGACGGGGAGCCGGCCCUGCCGCCCCGGAGAUGACGACACCAUGGCCAUAUCUGAGGUGGGGACGGUGCGGUACAUGGCUCCGGAGGUUCUGGGUGGAGCUCUGAACCUCAGAGACUGCGAGUCGGCGCUGAAGCAGGUGGAUGUUUACGCUCUGGGGCUGCUCUACUGGGAGAGCUUCAGGAGGUGCUCUCACCUGUUCCCAGGUGAGGCAGUACCGGAGUACCAGCUGGCAUUCCAGGCCGAACUCGGGAAUCACCCGAGCUUCGAGGAGAUGCAGAUCCUCGUUGCCAGAGAGAAAUUUAGACCCAGAUUCCCCGAAGCCUGGAAGGAGAACAGCCUGGCGUUGCGUUCCCUGAAGGAGACGAUGGAGGACUGCUGGGAUCAGGACGCUGAAGCUCGACUCACUGCUCAGUGUGCCGAGGAACGACUGUGUGAACUCACACUGCUGAGUACAAAUACUGCAGUACACAACCACAGGAAUCUGUCUCAAGUUGGCUCCGCCUCCUCCUACAUCGAGGACCUCCAGGUGGGCGUGGUCAAGAACCUCCAGGGAGACGGCCACUCAGUGUCAGUUGUCAAAACGUCCACAAAUGGAGCGGACGGUUCUGAAAAGAACCGAAACUCCAUCAACUACGAACGGCAGCAGGCACAGGCUCGCUCGUCCAGUUCAGAAAGCAACGUGUCGAUCAGCAACGUGUCGACCAGCACCGCCCUGACGCCAUCCUCCACGCUCUGCACCAUUUCUGAGUCCAGACACAACGGUGGCACCAUGCCCAGUGUCCCAGUGUUCCUGCAGCUGACUGAAGAAGACCUAGAGGCCACCAAGCUCGACCCCAAAGAGGUUGAUAAGAACUUGAGGGAAAGUUCUGAUGAAAACUUGAUGGAACAUUCACAGAAACAGUUCGGUUCAACAGAGCAGCAAAGUACCAACCUGCUGUACCAUCAGAUACUACAAACUGCUGAGGGAAACAACUCGGUUCUAACUCUUCCGGCAGAACUCGGGGGUGUUGGUGGGGUUGAUACCCCGACCUCCAUCCACCCCCUCCCUAAGCAGCAGAACCUUCCUCAGAGGCCCACCAGCCUCCACCUUCUCCCCAAAACCAAGCAGACCACCUCAGCCUCUUCUCGACUUAAACUGGGAAAGCUCAAGUCGAACCACAGACAGGUGGAAACAGGUGUUGCUAAAAUGAACACGGUAGCAGUUGCUACAGCUGUAGAGCCCCACCAGGUAACCACAGUGACUAACAACACAGGCAGUGUCACAGCUGGGACCCGAGUGAACUCAAAAAUGGUGGUUACCAACAGCUACAGUGCAGGCGUCCCCACCCUGGUGACGAAUGGUUUGAUAGGCGGAGGUCGGACCAACCCGGCAGGGCCGCAGCUGGAGGACGAGGACAAGAUGGAGGGAGUGGUGGUCCCAGCGGAGGACAACGGCAUUAACCUGCUCAACUCCAGUCCUGAUGAACAUGAACCACUGCUGAGAAGAGAACAGCCGCCUGCUGAGAGUGAACCCCCUCCUCAUCUGCAUCAUCAGUCACAGGCUGGAAACAUUGUGUCAGGAAGAGGGUCGAACUACAACAACAACAACAAUAGGAUAGCACCGGGAUCAAAAGCCAAGACCCGGGGUUUGGAGGUUAAACCUGAAAGAAUGACUGGUUCAGAGGUCAGUCAGGGUCCAGCCGUCCACAGUCCUAAACCUGAGCCACAUCUUUCAAGUCAGCAGAUGAGUGGGUCCACAGCUUCUGCUCCAGUUUCAAAUCUUGAAAAUAAAAUUCCGCUUUCUGGUCCAGAAGGGAAAGCUAUAUCUGACGAUGAUCCAACGUCACAGGCUCCUCUCACUCGCAAGGAUAGAGAUCAUGCCCCAAGUACAAGCUCAUGUGUCCAGGCAGACCUUUUUGCAGAAGCUCCAGUGCAAGUUCCUGAGGCCCUAGGAUUUCCAGCUUCACAAGCACAAGACACAGCCAUCUCAACCACAUCUUCAAAAGCCAUAGAUUUACAUGGCCUCACCCUCGCUCCAGAAAUUCAAGCCGUGAAAGCUCCGGCCCCAGAUCCAAAAGAACCAGCACUAGGAGCUCCAGUCGUGAUUCCCAAUACUUCAUCUUUAGAGGUUCCAGUCUUGGCAAAUCCAGCUCCAGAACCUUCAACUUUGGAAUAUCAAAACUCUGAAACCACAGCUCUUGCAGAAGCGUCCUUUCCAGAACCGGCAAUUCUACGAAAUCCAGCCUUAGAUUCACAGACUCCAGGUCUCAUGCAGCCUCAGAUGGGACUGGUCAAAGCCAAGAGGCGUGAGCGUCCUUGUUCCCUGGACCUGUCCUCAUCCUGCAUCACUCCAGAUGAUGUUUCUCUGACAGAUGACUGUCUGAGUUCUUCAGGAGAGAAAAUAAAACGUCGUGUCAAGACUCCAUACACCAUAAAAAAAUGGCGUCCGGCCUCAUGGGUUGUCUCCACGGAUACAGCUCUAGACCCGGACUUCGACUUUCACACCAGUGGCAGUAGUAGCAGCCAGACCCAUUCUGGUCUUCCUAGAGCAGGGAGCAUGGGCCCCAAAAUCAAUCAGUCCAAAUCCAGCAUGGCUGUCUUUCUGGUUGGAAGUGGAGCCACAGCAACUGCAACCUCUGAGCCUGAUGGAAUGACCUGCUUCUAAAGCUGAUGUUUGAUUUAAAGUUUUGGUUGUUUUUUUUACUUAAGAGAGAGCAUGUUUAUUUUUUUCAUUAUUUUGUGUUUUCCUCUUUUUGUUAUGGAAAAUGGAGAUCAUAGACUGUCGUACCACUCAGCCUCCUAAGCACUCAACUGAUCUUACGCUAAAUCAGAGGCACAGGAAAUGUCCCACUAUAAAAGGCUCCGAGGCUGCAUUGGGUUUUUCUGGCAGUACUUUAACAAAUGUGAUGGGACGUAGCAUCAAACUGACUAUAGGAACUGUUAUGAAAUUUCAAAACAGUGAGUUGGUGUUUGGAUUUCUUGUUGUAUCUGCAUCUUCUUGAUUCAGCUGGACACUUUUUGAAGAAUUGUUUCCAAGUGGUCCAGCCCUGUUACCAUUUGUCCUUGUACUUUCAGCCUUGAUUCUGUCUGCGUAGCGUACAUCCCAAUGAUGUCCAAAAUAUUUUUCUGUUGGUGGUAAAGUUAGGAGAUUCCUUAACUUUUAGACCAUUGUCUUCUGGUGUGACUAGUCUUGUGGCUAGUGGGUGUGUCCUGUUUUUUAUACUAGCUAUGUAGUUAAUCCUACCUGAGUACCAAAUUUGCCGAGGAGCCCAAAAGUCGAUGGUCAGAUAUAGUCUCUAGUAUAUAAUAGAGCUCCCACAACUAAUUUUUUGGCUAUUGGAAGUGGCGAAUGCUGGGCAUGGCGUUGAUCAUAUCAGAGGUUAAAUAGCCCAAGACCUUCAAAUCCCAAAUCUCUAGCUGUUACCCCCAGGAAGAGCUGAGAAAGUUGCUGGUGAAAGGGAAGUAUGUAACACCUUGCUUAACUUGGCUAGGGAUAAUUCACUGGCACAGUCAGGGGAUUCCCUCACUUCAAGAUGAUUGGCUUGUGUUGCCAGCAGCCUUGUGGUUGGUGGGUGUGGUCAGGUGUCAGGGCUGUUGACUUGAUCUUACCUGCUAAACAAAAAUGCUAAGAACCUGUGUUGUGUUCCACUACCCAUACUUCCAUGAGUACACUUAAACAUAGUACAUUAUCCACACUUACUAAGUACGCAGAUUUCAGCAGGUGAGUGUUGUUCCAGAUCUAAUACUCCGUGGUGCACUUACCGGAAACGACGCUCGCAACAGCCGCCGCUGCUCGUCACCCGCGAAAAACUUCCUGCUUUGAAUGGCGAAAGAAUUACCCUUUGUGUUGUUUAAUCUUUACUUCUACAAUCCGGCAAUAUGGCUCCAUUAACGCAGCAAAUGUGGAAAAUGCGCCGGCGUCGUCAGCAACGUUGCCUACUCCUCCUGAUGUUGACAGACAACGCUCCGCUGUUGUUUCGGCCGCCAUUACAAAUAUUUUUUUCGAGCUGAUCGGCUCUGCCUGGCUCCGCCUCUUCCGCUACGUAGACAAGAUGGCGGCUGUUUAGUGCGUAUAGCGUACAUCGUUCCACACUCAGCGUUUUGACCGUUAUGAGGGCAACAUCCGGGUCCUUUAGGUACACUUAUUUUCGCCGCGAUCGGAAUCAGAACACCCUGCGUACUCAAACUAAGUAUAGUAAGUACGGGAAGUAUGGGGAUUGGAACACAGCACUGAUGAAUCUUGUGUUGUUGGUUCGGUGAUGAAAGCUGUAGUGUUCUAAAUCCUAUCGGAGGACUGAAAUUCCCCUAAUUUUACACUGCUUCUGCUGUGGCUAGUCUUGUGGUGAGUGGAUGUGGCUCGUUGCUGGUGGAGGUGAACUUGACCUCGAGGACAGUACCCAAUACUUCUCUUUUAGUUGAGGAUUGGGGUAAAGGAAUCUCCUUCCUGGUAGAUAUUUGUGCUCUCCUGCUAUAACUCAGCUUGCUGGAACAUCCAGUUGCUAGGCAGUAUGACCAAAGGAUUGGGUCAGUAGUCAUAUUUAUUUAAAGCACUUUAAAUAAAGUUAGCAUUAUUUAGGGAACUAACAAACCAUAUAAAGGACACCUGUGCAAUUACAAUAGA